AAUGUUCUUUACACCAGGGGUUUUCAAAAAAAACUGUAAAAAUAUUCCUAAUACCCUUUCAGUGCAUAUAUAAUUUACAAACUGUUCAAAUAUUUGGAAUAUUAUAUAAAUAAAUUUCUACAAUAAUAUUUUAGCUUUAUUGGCACCUUUAAAAAGCCUUUCAUAACUACUAUAUUAUUGCUUGUAUGAAUAUAGGUUAUUAAUUGUUUUGCACAGAUUUCCUAAAAUUUGAAAUUCUGGGUGAAGCAUUCUUAAGAUUACUUUUCUCUGAAAGUUCUAUUAAAAAGUAUUUACGUGUUAUUAGUAUUUCAGAAUUCCCGUAGCCACAUAUAGGGCCAUAUAUGCCCGGGUCCUCCCGCUUAACAAGAGAGACUGCACACUCCUUUCGCCUUUUUGUCAGCACUUAAUCCUCACUAUGAGGGCACUAGAGCUUUUAGAGGCCGAGGGUUUACACUGCAGUCUUGGGAAAGUGACUACUAGACCAUUUCCUUUACUUCUUUAGUUUUCUCUUCACAAUGUCCUGGAUCAUUUGGGGCCUCUUCUCCAGGCUAGGCCUAGUUCUGAAUAUAAUAACAAAGUCAACAGAGAUUUCCCAUUGUUUUUGCGAAUGCCUAGUUUAACCAAUGGUCAAAAAAAUCUCAAAAGUAAUCAUGGUCCUCUGUAAGUGGCAUAAAGGAUGAACAAAGACAAGUUUCUGUUUCAAGCAUAUUACCUGACCCCAGUAGGGUUGAACUGAGGACAGCGAUUGUGGAAGUGUAAGAAAGAAGACACAGCUAUAAAACUGAAGUGAAAGUAAAUGGAUACCAUUGCACCUGACCAUGAACUAGAGGUUAGAAUGCAUUGGUGGGAAAAGAGUUAAGUAUUUGUUUUGACUCAUAUUGUUCACACACCCCUCCCAUGGGCCUGCAGGGGGUUGAUGGCGUCACUCUGGCCCAAGGGCAUUAUAAAUACCCCCUGCACCACUGGCCGCGACACCGGGGCUGAAUGUCUGCAGGACAUGCUCAACCUUUGUCUGUCUAUCUUUAUUAACACUACCCUGCAUUCAGACAGAUGCAGACACCAAGAGCCGCCAGUCCGAGACACAAAUCUUUAUGACAAAAAUAGAUGAUUUCACUCUAAAGUGAGGUGUUAAAGAGGCUUUUGUGCUUUAAAAUUUACCAACUGUUUUUUACUGUAUCCUUCCACCAAAAUAUAUCAGGCUCCUGCAGGUAAAUUUAGAGGUGAUAUUCCUUUUUUUACUGGUUUGAGCUCGUCUCUACUGCAGCCAUGUGGGAGUUCCGGUCCAUGUCUUUCUGGCGGGCCGUUUUUGCCGAGUUCUAUGGGACGAUGUUCUUCGUCUUCUUUGGGCUUGGUUCUGCAUUGCGCUGGACCAGCGGUGCUUACAAUGUGCUCCACGUGUCCUUCUGCUUUGGGCUGGCAGCUGCCACCUUCAUCCAGUCCAUCGGUCACAUCAGUGGUGGCCAUAUCAACCCGGCCGUCACCUUUGCUUAUGUGGUCAGCUCCCAGAUGUCCCUGUUCCGUGCUUUCUUCUACAUUUGUGCUCAGUGUUUGGGGGCGCUAGCUGGUGCUGCUGUUCUGUAUGGGGUGACGCCGGGAAACAUGAGGGGCAGCCUGGCUCUCAACACACUGCAGCCUGGCGUUAGCCUCGGCAUGGCCACUACCAUAGAGGUGUUCCUGACUCUGCAGCUGGUUGUGUGUGUCUUUGCUGUAACCGAUGAUCGGCGUAAUGGCCGUAUGGGCUCUGCUGCUCUAGCCAUCGGCUUCUCUGUGCUCACGGGCCAUCUGCUUGGGAUGUACUAUACUGGUGCUGGAAUGAACCCUGCCAGGUCCUUUGCGCCUGCUGUGCUUGUCAGGAACUUCAUCAACCACUGGGUGUACUGGGUUGGCCCUUUUAUUGGCGGUGCUCUGGGUGCUCUGCUGUACGACUUCCUGCUCUUCCCACGCAUGCGUGGUUUCUCCGAAAGAAUCGCCGUGCUCAAAGGCACUCGACCCGCCGAAGCUGAGGGCCAGCAGGACACGCGGGGCGAGCCAAUCGAGCUCAAAACACAAGCUCUAUAAACAAACAGUCAGGAAAGGUUGGCGUUCUCAUCCUUUUAUCACCUCAGCAAAUGCAUACACGCUUCACGACCCGCUGUGCCCACAUUCAUAGCCUUUUCAUCCUCACUUUGAAUCUGGAGCCUGGGCGUGUUGAAACAUCUCCCACGUCACCUUCACCUCACCCCUUCAGACUGCACAACCUAGAAUGAGGCUUAGUAGAAGACUUUGGCACGUAGGGCGGUGCUCUGUGGCUAAAUCUGCUCAGGACAGGGGCAUCUCUCUGAGUUGUAGUUGACUAGGAGUGCACUACAGCAGUGGACUUCAUUCUGCACGCUUUCUGGUUUCACAGUGUUCUUGAGUGUUCACUAUUGUUUUAGCAAGUUUUUGCUUUUGUUUUGUUUUUAUCUUUUACUAUAUUUAAGAUAUUUAAGGUAAUUUCAAGGCAACUGAGACAUAUUUCCAGUUGUGUGUGUGUGUGUUUUAUUGAGUUUUUAUUUUGGCUUUUUAUUCUGAUUAUUGUGUGUUUGUAUAAGAUUUUGUUUUUCUAAGGGAAAGACACCCCCACUUUAUCCAUUGGUAUAUUUUGGUAUCUUAAUAAAGCAGUAAGUCAUGAGAAGGCAUGCGAUUUUGUGAUUUUGUCAUAGAUAAGGGUGACUUUGUCAUAGAUAAGGCUGUUCUUAGGCAGGACACAUAGCAGAGUGCCUAAAACCCCGCCUUAACCAUAAUAAAAUCACUGUAACGCAUGCCCUCGAGCUUAUUGCUUUUAGAAAAUGGUGACAAAAACAAUAUGAUAAAAUCCAUGUAAAACCAGCUACUGAAUCUUUUCAAACUGCUGCUCAUGCUGUGCCACAGGGCAACAUAACACACUCAGAGGAAAGCGCUUUCCGCCCUCGUCCUCAUACAUGAGCUCACAGAUGCCUAUGAUUGCUUAGUGUUGCUCUGGUUGAUGAGAAAUAGUAAUGCCAUUCAGUUUUGCUACUUUGGCUUCCAGCUAUGGGUUAUUGGGAUUCAAAGUUGUGAUCUCCCAAUGAAAUUUAAAUCAUUAUUAAUAAUAUUGAAUAUAAACAGUCCGCCAUGCAGUGUAGUCUGUUAACAGUAAGCUUUUGUUGGACAGAACUUCAUCGAUUAUUGUGAUGCGGUCACAGCGUGUGCCUAUAUCGAGGAUUUUAGAAACGGCUUAGAACACAGCUCAGCCGAUCUGAAUUUAGAGAGCCGAAACUAUCCGUUUUAUAAUUCACAUUUUUAAUAGGUUCCAACAGUUUACGCUCAUUAUUAUGAAUCUUUAAAUGGUUGGAAAUUUCAGUUUGUAGUCUCAAUUUUUUUUCAUAAACAACCACAUGAAAGGAAAUGUCCCUUCGCAAUACACUUGUAGUUUUCUGUAUUAUUUCAAACUCAUGUUAACUGACACUGUUUUUGUACCUCCAGGAUUUUGGAUUGUGGAUUGUAUUCAGCUUGCUCUUUUUUGGCAUGCAUUUCCUAGUGAUUCUUAAAUAUCCAUUUCUAUAAGACUUGGCAUGCCUAGGUUUAUUGUUUCUUUUAACUGGUUUGGUUACAUCUUGUGUGUUGAGUAGAUAACAUCUGAUUUGUCAUGGACCUCAGCUUGUGUUCUUUUGGCAAAAAUGCAUGACUAUACUUUAAGUUGAGCAAAUGUUGUUUUGAAUGCCAACUGAGUGCAUGAAAGUGCAGUGAUUUAUUUUUUUCUCUUACUACUGGAGAGGGGGAUAUUUAUAUGUUUAACCAUUUUUAAUCAUCAGCGCCAGUUUUUCCUAUCCAAAAAGGUGACGCUGGUGAGCUCUCGCCACAGCUUCACUUCUACUGAUGUUAAACGUAAAUCCUUGGCUUAGCUCUUCAUUUGUCUUCACCUCCCUGCAUGUGUCCUGCUGUUCCAGGAGCAGUGAAUACACACACAAAUGCAUGCUCUGUUUGAGUGCUUAUGUGCUGCUUUUUAUCUCUCUAACCAAAAUGUUUCAUUCAGUGGACAUUUGUCAGAUUCUUCCAUGUUUACAUAAAUAGAAAUCAUUUUGUGCUCGAGAUGUACAGUAUAAAGAUUUCCUUUUUUUUUGUAAUUCCAAGUGUUCCGACUAGACAAAUAUACAUUAAUAAUUAUUUCAUAUGAUCGAAUGUUUCUUAUUUAAUAAUAUCAGAGUGAGCACCAUGUUAUCCACAUCCUUUUUCCAUCUUAUUUUUAUCGAUAUUGUUCUGUAAUUUUGUUACAAAAUGGUAUUCUUG